AUGUAUUUUCAGAAGCAUUUUGGAAAGCCGGUUGUGUUUCCUAACCAUCCAAGAAUUUGCUUGUUACUCUCAAAGAAGUUCCCUGAACAUUAUAGCAAGUUGCAGCUUGACCGCGUUGAUAAGGUUGCUUGGGAUGCCUUACAUGAUAAUGCGGAACUUCAUUUACAAAGCUUGGAACCAUGGAUCCAGCUACUUCUUGACUUGAUGGCUUUUCGAGAACAAGCUCUACGACUUAUAUUGGAUCUGAGCAGUACAGUUAUUACCUUGUUGCCCCAUCAGAACUCGCUUAUACUGCAUGCAUUUAUGGAUCUCUUUUGCUCCUUUGUCCGCGUUAACCUCUUUUCUGAGAAGAUGCCAAGGAAAAUGAUGCUACAAAUGUAUAACCUUUUGCAUUCCAUGUCCAGAAACGACCGAGAUUGUGAUUUUUAUCAUCGGCUGGUUCAGUUUAUAGACAGUUAUGAUCCACCAUUGAAAGGAUUAAAAGAAGACCUAAAUUUUGUGAGCCCACGUAUUGGAGAGGUGCUAGAGGCUGUGGGUCCUAUUAUUUUUCUGUCAACUGAUACAAGAAAGCUCAGAAAUGAGGGUUUUUUGAGUCCAUAUCAUCCUCGAUAUCCGGACAUACUUACAAAUUCUGCCCACCCCUUGAGAGCUCAGGAUCUAGCAAACGUCACCUCUUAUCGUGAAUGGGUAUUAUUUGGGUAUCUUGUUUGUCCUGAUGAGCUUCUUCGUGUCACUAGCAUUGAUAUUGCUCUGGUCGUAUUGAAAGAAAAUCUGGUUCUUACAUUGUUCAGGGAUGAGUAUAUACUUUUGCAUGAGGAUUAUCAACUAUAUGUCCUGCCACGAAUUUUAGAAUCAAAGAAGAUGGCAAAGUCUGGUCGUACGAAGCAAAAGGAAGCAGAUCUGGAGUAUAGUGUAGCAAAGCAAGUUGAGAAAAUGAUAAGUGAAGUGCAUGAGCAAGCUUUACUCUCGUGUGAUGCCAUUCAUCGUGAGAGGAGAAUAUUGUUAAAGCAAGAGAUUGGAAGAAUGGUGCUUUUCUUCACUGAUCAGCCUAGUUUGUUGGCUCCAAACAUACAGAUGGUAUUCUCUGCCUUGGCUUUUGCUCAAUGUGAGGUCAUCUGGUAUUUCCAACAUGUUGGAAUUGCGUCAUCAAAAUCUAAAACCACUCGAAUUGUACCAGUUGACAUAGACCCGAGUGAUCCAACUAUCGGGUUCUUAUUAGAUGGAAUGGACCAUCUAUGCUGUUUAGUACGCAAAUACAUUGCAGCGAUUCGAGGUUAUGCACUAUCAUACCUUUCUUCUUGUGCUGGUAGAAUCCGGUAUUUGUUGAAUACCCCUGGGAUGGUGGCUCUUGACUUAGAUUCAAGCUUGAAAGGUCUUUUCCAGCAGAUUGUUCAGCAGCUUGAAAACAUACCAAAACCACAGGGUGAAAAUGUGUCUGCCAUUACAUGCGAUCUAUCUGAAUUCCGAAAGGAUUGGUUAUCAAUAUUGAUGAUAGUCACAUCUUCCCGAUCAUCUAUAAACAUAAGACAUUUGGAGAAAGCUACAGUUUCAACAGGGAAAGAAGGCUUAUUAUCGGAAGGAAAUGCUGCAUACAAUUGGUCAAGAUGUGUUGACGAACUGGAAUCUCAAUUAUCAAAGCAUGCGAGCCUUAAGAAGUUGUAUUUCUACCAUCAGCACCUUACAGCAGUCUUCAGGAACACUAUGUUUGGCCCAGAAGGGCGUCCACAGCAUUGCUGUGCAUGGCUUGGUGUUGCAAGUAGUUUUCCAGAGUGUGCCUCUCCCAUUGUUCCAGAAGAGGUGACUAAAAUUGGCAGGGAUGCAGUCCUUUAUGUUGAAUCUCUCAUUGAAUCAAUAAUGGGAGGACUGGAGGGAUUAAUCAACAUCCUUGAUUCUGAAGGAGGAUUUGGUGCCCUUGAGAUCCAGCUUCUUCCAGAGCAGGCAGCUUAUUAUAUGAAUUAUGCAUCAAGAGUAUCGAUUCCUUCAGCUAAAUCUCCAAAGGGACCAUCUGGUUUCCCUUUUCCUGGUCAGGAGAGUCAUCCUGAAAAUAAUAGUUCUAUUAAAAUGUUAGAAGCUGCGGUGCAGAGACUGACCAAUCUAUGCUCAGUGUUGAAUGAUAUGGAGCCAAUAUGUGUUCUAAACCAUGUUUUUGUCUUAAGGGAGUACAUGAGAGAAUGCAUCCUUGGGAACCUUAGGAGAAGAUUGCUUUCAGCACUGAAAACUGAUAAUGAUCUCCAACGGCCUUCUGUUCUGGAGUCACUUAUUCGCAGACAUAUAAGCAUCAUCCAUCUGGCAGAGCAGCACAUUAGCAUGGACCUAACUCAGGGUAUUCGAGAAGUUCUGCUCUCAGAGGCCUUUUCAGGACCAGUUUCUUCUUUACAUUUGUUUGACAAGCCAGCAGAGCAACACACUGGAUCAGCCACUGAGGCUGUUUGCAACUGGUACAUUGAAAAUAUAAUCAAGGAUAUAUCUGGUGCCGGAAUCCUUUUUGCUCCAAUUCACAAAUGCUUCAAGAGCACAAGGCCUGUUGGCGGAUAUUUUGCUGAUUCUGUCACUGAUCUUAAAGAACUGAAGGCCUUUGUUCGGAUUUUUGGUGGCUAUGGAGUUGACAGGCUAGACAGAAUGCUGAAAGAACACACUGCUGCACUUUUAAAUUGUAUUGACACAUCAUUGAGAUCAAACCGUGAAGUGCUAGAAGCAGUUUCUGGCAGCCUGCAUUCUGGUGACCGAACAGAAAGAGAGGCAUCAAUAAAGCAGAUAGUCGAUAUAGACACCGUGAUUGGGUUUUGCGUUCAAGCUGGGCUGGCCUUGGCUUUUGAUAGACUUCUAGCUGAAGCUUCUGGAGCUGUGCUCUUGGAAGGUGCGCCCUUGAUACAUUCAUUAUUGACUGGGAUAGCUAAGCAUAUACCUGAAGAAAUACCUGAAAAGAUAGAAAUCAGGAGAUUGAAAAGUGUGACAAACAAUUUUGGUGUAGUCUACGAUCAUGAUUCUCAGUGGGUGAGAUUGAUCUUAGAAGAGGUUGGAGGUGCAAAUGAUGGUUCAUGGAGCUUCUUGCCUUAUUUAUUUGCUACCUUCAUGACGUCUAAUAUUUGGAAUACCACUGCCUUCAAUGUGGACACGGGGGGCUUCAAUAACAAUAUCCAUUGCUUGGCAAGGUGCAUUAGUGCUGUAAUUGCAGGAAGCGAGUUUGUUAGACUGGAACGUGAGCAUCAGCAAAGACAAUCUCUCUCAAAUGGACAUGCUGUUGAUACAGGGGACCCUGAGAGUCAAAGUCGUUUGUCAGCUGAAGCAAGCAUAAAAUCCUCAAUGCAGCUCUUCGUCAAAUUCUCUGCAGGCAUUAUAUUGGAUUCAUGGAGUGAAGCUAACAGAUCUCAUCUUGUAGCACAGCUAAUUUUCCUAGACCAACUUUGUGAGAUAUCGCCUUAUCUUCCAAGAAGCUCUCUCGAACCCCAUGUUCCGUAUGCCAUUCUCCGUUCGAUAUACAGCCAGUAUUAUGAAAAUUCUCCAUCUACACCACUCGCAUUACUAAGUGGUUCACCUCGCCAUUCACCUGCUGCAUCACUCACACAUUCAUCUCCUGGAGUACGACAGCCCCGUGGCGACCCCACUCCCCAGUAUGAUUCAGGUUAUUUCAAAGGAUCAUCAUCCCAUGGCCAGGAGCACCUUUAUGAUACUGACAGUGGAAGCUUACGGAGCAGUGAAAGCAGGCAACGGAAUGUUCGUCGUUCAGGGCCUUUGGAUUACAGCUCAAGCCGUAGUAAAGUUAAGUUUGUGGAAGGCUCAACUUCAGGAAGUACAGGCCCCAGUCCGCUGCCAAGGUUUGCUGUCUCAAGAUCCGGUCCAAUAUCAUACAAGUAA